AUGUAUGAGUUCACAUCCUGGAAUAAAUUUGACAUCUUCAUUGUAGGACCUGAUCUGGUGCAGGCAUUUGUUGGGGUUGCCAAGGAUCUUAAUGCUAUUGUGAUUGCAUUCAGAGGGACUCAGGGAAACAGUAUCCAGAAUUGGGUGGAAGAUUUGUACUGGAAGCAGCUUGAUAUAGACUACCCUGGAAUCGAUAAUGCGAGGGUGCAUCAUGGAUUUUAUUCUGCUUACUACAACACGACAUUACGGCCUGGAGUAUUAAAUGCAGUUAAAAAGGCAACCAACUUGUAUGGAAAUAUUAAUAUUAUUUCGACUGGGCAUUCAAUGGGUGGGGCGAUGGCUGGUUUUUGUGGAUUCGAUCUCAGUCUUGCGCUUGCAGAGCAGAAUGUUCAGGUCAUGACGUUUGGGCAACCUAGGAUCGGCAAUGCUGUUUUUGCAUCCUACUAUAGCCAAGUGGUGCCAAAAACCAUUCGUGUCACCCAUGGACAUGAUAUAGUGCCUCAUUUGCCCCCUUACUACUAUUAUUUCCCUCAAAAGACAUACCACCACUUCCCAAGAGAGGUCUGGCUCUACACUGCAGGGCUUGGAAGUUUAGUUUAUCCAGUUGAGAAGGUCUGCGAUAAUUCUGGGGAAGACCCAACAUGUAGCAGGUCCGUAGCUGGGAACAGUAUUUCAGAUCACUUGACGUACUAUGGUGUUGAAAUGGGAUGUGAGAUAUCAGGCUCAUGCAGAAUCGUGAUGGAUCCCCGUAUCUCUGCAUUUGUCCAAAAAGAUCUUGAUGGAAAUCUCGUCUUGUCCAGAGUUCCCUCCGCUCCCAUUGUGAAAUUAAAUACAGAACUGGCUGAUCAGGGUAGCUCGUUUUAGAUAUUUACUAAGGUUAGUCAUGUCAAAUUUCUUGAGAAAUCGAGAAAAGAGGUAAGUGCGCAUAGCACGUCGAUUGUUUCCCUCUAUAGAUGCCAUCUGAAGGGCAUAUAGCCCAUGGGAAGGUUUAUUUUGUAGAUAACUGUUGUACUCAACAUUCAUACUUGAUGUGAAUAAAUUAUUAAUUUCUGUUCUGGUCCAUUA